AUGACUUCAAGGUACUGGGUUGUGUCUCUACCAGUGAAGGACUCUGCUUCUUCGUUAUGGAAUCGUUUACAGGAGCAGAUCUCCAAGCAUUCCUUUGAUACUCCAGUUUAUCGGUUUAACAUUCCUAAUCUUCGGGUUGGAACUUUAGAUUCUCUACUCGCUUUAGGAGAUGAUCUGCUAAAGUCAAACAGUUUUGUGGAAGGAGUUUCGCAAAAGAUCAGGAGACAGAUCGAGGAAUUGGAGAGGAUUUCUGGUGUGGAGAGCAACGCUCUUACAGUUGAUGGAGUUCCUGUUGAUUCUUAUCUCACCAGGUUUGUCUGGGAUGAAGCUAAGUACCCAACAAUGUCGCCUCUGAAGGAGGUUGUGGAUAAUAUUCAGUCUCAAGUUGCAAAGAUUGAGGAUGAUCUCAAGGUUCGCGUUGCUGAAUAUAACAAUAUCCGCGGUCAACUCAAUGCCAUCAAUCGAAAGCAAAGUGGAAGCUUAGCUGUUCGUGACCUCUCAAACUUGGUUAAGCCAGAAGAUAUUGUCGCGUCAGAACAUCUCGUGACUCUCCUUGCCGUUGUUCCAAAGUAUUCCCAAAAAGACUGGCUAGCAUGUUAUGAGACAUUGACCGACUAUGUGGUUCCUAGGUCCUCGAAGAAAUUGUUUGAGGAUAAUGAGUAUGCUCUUUACACCGUCACUCUCUUUACUCGUGUUGCAGACAAUUUCAGGACGAGUGCCCGUGAAAAAGGGUACCAAGUCCGUGAUUUUGAACACAGCGUUGAAGCACAAGAGACUCGUAAACAAGAGCUAGAAAAGUUGGUUCAGGAUCAGGAAAGUUUGAGAAGCUCUCUUUUGCAGUGGUGCUACACCAGUUAUGGAGAGGUUUUCAGCUCAUGGAUGCAUUUCUGUGCUGUGCGUAUAUUCGCUGAGAGCAUUAUGAGAUAUGGUUUACCUCCGGCGUUCUUGGCAUGUGUUUUAUCUCCGGCUGUUAAAAGUGAGAAGAAAGUACGCUCCAUUCUUGAACGUAUGUGUGAUUCUACCAACAGUUUAUACUGGAAAAGCGAGGAAGAUGCAGGAGCUGGAGGAGCCAUGGCUGGUUUGGCGGGUGAUUCCGAGACACAUCCUUAUGUCUCCUUCACAAUCAACCUUGCUUAA